AUGAACAGAGACAAAGGAAAAGCUGUGUGGAAUUCAACUUUAACAGAAAUUUUCAUUAAAGAAUGCUUGGAACAAGUGUACAAGAAACAAAGGAAAGGAACUGCUUUCAACAAAAAUAGGUGGCAGGCAAUAAUUGAGGGAUUUGAGGCAAAAAUAGGAAAAAAGUAUGAGCGAAAGCAAUUGAAAAAUAAGCUAGAUAACAUGAGGAAAGAAUGGAACGUAUGGCAUAAGUUGUUUUCAAGUGAAACCGGCUUAGGAUGGGACAGUGACAAGAAUACUGUCGAUGCUCCAGAUGAGUGGUGGGAGCGAAAAAUCUUGGAAAAUCCUCUUUAUGAAAAAUUUAGAUAUAAAGGUCUGAGAUUUACAAGGGAAUUAACCUUGAUAUUCAAGGAUGUCCUAGCAACUGGGGAGACACUUUUUGUACUGUCUGCUACUCAGACCCAAAUAGAGGAUGAUGAUGAUGAGGAUGUGUACCGCCCUACUAUUAACCUUCGAGAAGGCUCCGGUGAUAGUGAAGAGGAGCUAAAUUUAUUUGACACUGUAGCACCUACGGGGGUCACCGAUGAGUUGUUGGGCUUGAAUGUCACCACAAAUACCGGUGGAACUAGUGGUGAUGGAAGUCAAGGCAAGAGAAACAGGGUGGUAGGCGUUGGUGGGAGGAAAAAAGCAAAAAGUCCCUGCUUCAAUGAAAAUAGCAGAUGCAAUGAGUGA